ACAGAGCGUCGGAUUCACGGCGUCGUGUAGUGUGUUGUGCAUUGCCGCUCGGGUGACGGAGGCCUGAAUGAAGGGAAAACGACACACACCUUUCUGUGCUUUCUUCCUUGCACUCUGGAGAGCAAUGUACCUUAAAGGAAGCGAGGAAGGAAGUUGAAACCAUUCUCUCGUAGGCGCUUACGUGCUCUGUUCGCAGCGCGAAUAAUCGGUCAUUACUAUGGCAGUCAGAGUCGGUCUUUGCAUGUUGAAGGAAAACCGCGCCAUUCUUCGAUGAGUGGUCGUGCGACAAAGGUGUUGUCGAUUGAGCAGGCGUGAAUUAAAGGUGCGAUUAAUCAAAAUUGAGCAGCAUGAAGACUGGCAUCAACAUCUUCCUCUGGUGGAUGAUAAGCUUCUGCUACUGCUGUUCGCUGGCAGCGGUUGGAUGUGGAAAUUCAAACUUGUACGGAACUUUGAAUCUUCCAAAGCUUUAUGAGUACGAUGACUUCGAUGCGUGCAGAAGAGGAAAUCCUCAUUUUCAGUACUGUGUGGUGCAAGCAACUAUUCAGCCGGAUCAGUAUUCGAAUCUGUGGCGUAAUAUCAGUCACCUGUCGGAGAAUACACGGAAUUUUCCCCGUCAUCAGCUCGAGCGCGGCCUCUGCUUACGCGAUUGUUUGCGAACAUUAUUCCGGUCCAGUGAGGCUGACAUUGACCGGCUCGAGAUUGCAGGCACAACCGAGACGACCCGGGUGGACUACCUUAACCAGUGUGUCAACCUGGUGCUUCACGAUGAUCAUGGCCUUUACGCAUCGUCCAAAAUCAUUCAUUGCAUGUCGGAAGCAGAUUUCACCCGCAAGCUGGACCAAGCGGAAAAAUUAUUCAUCGGAGUGCUGCUGGUACUUGGGCUGCUAGUUUCGGUCGCGACGCAGCGGCAUUUCGAGGGAAAGGAGGGAAAAUAUGACGCCUUCAUCAAACCAUUUGCUCUUCAGAAAAACCUAAAUGAAUUAUUUAAUAUGACGGAUCGUGGAAACCUCCUUCAUUUGGAAGGCCUCCGUGCGAUCAGUAUGUUGAUUAUAAUCGUUGUUCAUUCAUCGUUACCCAUGAUCCGGAUGCCUUUGAAAAACCCCGAGGAUAUGGAACAGCAAACUAACAGCUUCAUGUUUCCGUUCAUAAAUUCCGGAAACACGCAUAUGAUCCAAAUGUUCUUCACGCUCGGCGGAAUGACACUCGCCGUCAGCACGCUGAAUCACAUUGACAAAUCUACGCAUGUCGAUUUCCGUUAUCUGUGGAAGAAAUUUUUGAAUCGACUGGCGCGCCUAAUGCCCGCCUACGCCUUUGUGAUAUUCUACCAAGCGACACUGUUCAAGCGCACGAAGCUGACGCCGGUUGCGUACAAGUUUGUGGACUACUGCGAUGCCCACUGGUGGACGAAUUUGCUUUUCAUCAACAACGUCGUUCAUUUGGACAAACCUUGUUUGCAGUAUGGCUGGUACUUGGGAGCUGAUUUCCAGCUAUUCCUGAUUGGAAUGGCAAUCAUGGUUCUGAUAUGGAAAUUUCCCCAUCUCAAAAAAGCCAUUGCUGGAGCAAUGAUUCUGGUGGGACUGGCAGUACCAUUUUUUGUAAUUUACAAAGAAAAUUUAGACUCUACCAUGUCGUUCAAUAUGAGACAUGCUCUUACCGAACUGCGUGUUUACGACGUAUUCUUGAAAUACUAUACGCCCGCUGAAACGAAUGCGAUAAAUUAUUUUAUCGGCAUGAUAGCGGGAAUGAUGUAUCAUCACGUCUCUCGAAAUAAUCUUCAAUCUGUAGCACAACACUUUCUGAGUAAAUCGACCGAAAUUAUACUAACCACGCUUCUUUUGCUUAAUGUAAUGCUGACGAUUCUGCCGCCGCUACCUUCCCUGUUCCGUGCUCUUUUCGGAACCGCCCUAAAGGCAAUGUUCGGAAUUGGAAAUGCUUAUCUGUACUUAUAUUUUGGCUUCAAGUCGAAAUCCAUUGCACGCGCGUUCCUCUCGCAUCCUGUGCUGAGGGUAAUCGCAAGACUAAGUUACUCUGUCUAUAUCAUCCAAUACUCGGUGAUUUACCCCAUGUAUACCAAUCUUAGCGUACCAAUCACCUAUAGUGCAUUCAGUUCACUUCUGCUCACAUCCUCGAUACUGUUCCUGUCUUUCAUUGGUGGGCUGCUACUGCAUCUCGUUGUCGAAACACCAUUUGCUAACAUUUUGAAGCAGGCAAUUGAUGGGAAGCUCCGUUUCCAGACGCAAAAUGUUAAACAGCUACACGAGAAAAGUUCAUAAUUGUCCAGCUCAGAAUAACAAUAUUACUAACACGUAUAUCCAAAGAUUAGAAUAAACAGAUUUGUUAAGUUCAAUCCAAUUAUGAACAUAGUCCAAUAAGUUAAGCAGCGAGAAACAAUGAAUACAUUUUUUUCAUGUUUGUAAAUUUCAUCCCACAGGGAACUGAUGGAACUCGCCAAAUCUAA